CCAUAACUUCCUCACCUCCGUCCACAGCCACGCUCUCUGGCAAGCUAGCUCCACGGCCGUGCCGAGUGUCGAUCAGGAAGAUAAACGUGCGGCGCGGACGCGGUGGCCGGCCGGUUGGGGUAGCGGCGAGUGGAGGCCGAAGAUGCUGCAGGCGGCCAGGUACCUGCUGGGCUCCCCGGGCGCCAGCGGGUUCGGCUCCAAGACCACCGCCGAGGAGGUCACGGCGGCGUGCCCGGACCUCGGCUCGCUCACCGCCAUCAUCACAGGCGCCACGUCGGGGAUCGGGGCGGAGACGGCGCGGGUGCUGGCCAAGCGGGGUGCGAGGGUGGUCAUGCCGGCGCGGAGCGUCAAGGCGGCCGAGGACAUGCGCGCGCGCAUCCUGGGCGAGUGCCCCGGCGCCGACGUCCUCGUGCUGCACCUCGACCUCAGCUCGCUGGCCUCCGUCCGUGACUUCGCCCGCCGCUUCCUCUCUCUCGGCCUGCCCCUCCACCUCCUCAUCAACAACGCCGGCAAGUUCUCGCACGGCCAGCUCGCGCUGUCGGAGGACGGCGUGGAGAUGACCUUCGCGACCAACUACCUCGGCCAUUUCCUCCUGACGAAGCUUCUGCUCGGGAGGAUGGCGGAGACUGCGGCGGCCACGGGGGUGCAGGGCCGCAUCGUCAACGUGUCCUCCAGCGUGCACGGUUGGUUCUCCGGCGACUGGGCCGACUACCUCCAGCUCGUCACCCGCCGCAAGAUACCCUACGACGCGACGCGGGCCUACGCUGUCUCCAAGCUCGCCAACUUGCUGCACACCAAGGAGCUCGCCGCCCGCCUCCAGGAGAUGGGCGCGGACGUGACGGUGAACUGCGUGCACCCGGGCAUCGUGAGGACGCGCCUCAACCGCGACCGAGAGGGCCUCAUCACAGAUCUCGUCUUCGUGCUGCUCUCCAAGCUGCUCAAGACCAUCCCUCAGGUCAGGCUGCGGCGACCACGUGCUACGCGGCGGUGCACCCGAGGCUGGCCGGUGUGUCCGACCGCUACUUGGCCGACUGCAACGAGGCUCUCCCAUCGCCGGCCGCCGCAAGCCGCAGCGAGGCCGCGCGGCUGUGGCAGGCGUCGGAGGACAUGAUCAGCGGCUCGAGUCAACAAGGACAAGUACUCCAAUACGGCUGCUGGACAGGAACAUCAGAGCAUCCGACUACUUUGUGUCCAUCAACCGUGUAAACAUAUUCCUCCCGUGGUUUGUUCUGCUUCAAGCCAGGAUGUAACAUGCACAUAUUCAUAUUUUAGUACUAUAAGCAGUAGCCAAUCAGUGAUCGUGUUUGUCACAGAGUGAAGAUCGUCUGUAAGGAAGAGCUCCGACUGUGAGAUCCAUGUGUACUCUAGACUAGAGGGUCAUUGACUUGGGUUGGUGACAUGUAAGCAUAUACAUACAUGUAUACUGUAUUUCACUAGUAGGAGUACUAUUUGCAAGCCAAACUCCUGUAUUCUGUCAGUGAGAUUCCAGUACACACAUACA